GCUGAGCAGUCGGUGGUGGGACUGAGGCAAAGGAGGGAGGAUAAAGCAAGAAUAGAGACAGUGAAGAGAACAGAGGCAGAGAAAACAGAUCAUUAUACGGCAAACGAGCAAGAGGCCGCUGAAUGAAUAACAAGGAAGGGAUUACAAAGCCCAGGACUGAAAAAAAAAGAAGAGAGCACGCCGGCUGGAGACUCUCUCCUCUCUCUCUCCUCUCUCUCUUUCUUUCUCUCAUUCCCUCCCCCUCUCUCUAUCCUUCUUGUCACCCUCCCAACUCUCAGAGGCUCUUCCUCCCUCACUACCUCCCAACUCUCUCUGUUUCCUUCUCUUCUUCUCCUUCUUCCUCCUCCUCCUCCUCCUCUUCUUUUUCUCUGCUUUCCUCUCAUCACUCCACCUGUCUCCGCUCUGCACGGGUUCAGAGGAGGGGAGGGAGGUAGACAGUGGCUGACCUCUUCCCUCCUCCUCCCUCCUCACACCCGCAGGGCCCAGAGAGAGAGAGGGAGAGGGAGAGAAAGCUGGAGCAGGGGGCAGUCUGAUGACUUGCACCAACAACGAGCUCCUUAACCCAGCUGACCACAGCUCGAUCCCCCCUGCCCACCGGCUCCCAGCCCCCUGUCACCCACACUGCUCCUGUUUGAGUCUGUGGAGCAGGGAUCUGGGACCAUGUUUGGAUUAAAGACGCCACACUUCUACCUCCCAGGUAUGAACCAUGAGUCCAAUAAAUCAUCAGCAUUAGGAAUGAUCUCCACGGCAUCUCGCACCACGGCUACUGUCAGUCCCCUCAGCCCACUAACCAAUGGGAACGCAGUUGCCCAAUCUACGAACUCUGGAUUCGCCGCUGCUCUGCGUAAACUGGCCAAACAGGCUGAGGAUCCCAGAGGUUCUGCCCUCAGCGGUGAGUCGUCUCCAGUGUCUUCCCCUGCCACCAGCCACAGCUCGCCGGUCACCACUCCGAAGCGGGGCUCUUUAGGACCCCUCCUGGGCCAAUCCAGGGGCCACGGCACUCCUCCAGUGGUCACCAUUGCUCCCACCAAGACCAGCAACGGCCUGUGGAGAGCUGACGGACGACAGGUUGAGCCGAGUGUUCAGGGAUUCAGCCGGGAGAGGCUGGGUGUGGAGAACACCCAUUCGCAGCAGGACAAGAGAACUCCACCCACCCAGUCACCUCACCCACUGGCUCACCCAUUUGGCCUCACUCCCAGCUCCAUCAUGCAAAACUCCAGAAUACAGAGCCUUAGCAGUUUGCCGGGGCAGAUGCACCCUGGGAUCCCCUCAGGCGCCGUCCCGGAGGAGUACCUGAGAGCGCUUCGGCCCUUCGCCACCUCAGAUGACCUCCGGCUGACCUCUUUACCUAUGACCCUCGACCCUGCUGCGGCUGCCCAUGCUGCAGCAGCUGCUGCUUACUAUCAUCCUGCCUACAUGCACCACCCUAUGUCCUUACCAAGGAUGGAGGAGUCACUGUGUCUCUCUGCGCUGCGGUCACAGUUCUACUCUAUGCCUGCAGGAGGCGCAUUCCCUCAUCUCCACCCUUCUGCCCUCCACCUGCACAUGCCUGGAGGCCGCUACCCCGCAGAACUAAACCACGCAGCACUGGCUGAGAGGCUACAGAUGGAGAAUGAGCUCCGCCAGCGAGAGAGAGAGCAAGAGCGCGAACGAGUGAAAGAAAGGGAGCGCGAGGCAGGCCUGGAACGAGAGCGGGAGAGGGAGCGAGAGAGGGAGGAGGAGAGGGAGAGAGAGCUGGACAGACAGAAGGAGAGGCAGAGGGAGAGACAGCAGCAGAUGGUCAGAGCGGCAGAGAGCCACUACCUGGCUGAGCUGAAGGCUCGGAGGGCACCACCGGAGGACAGGAGCAGGCCAGGGGAGAGGCUGACCCCAAACAGACUGGACAAACACAAGGACUCUGAGCAUCCAUCUUUCCAAGCACAGAAACCUCUGCAGCAAGGCCUUCACUCCUCCAGGGGCUCAAUCCCACAUCCGGUGCCCAACCUGAUGCCUUCUCACUUGGGGAAGCAUCAUGCUGCUGCUGCUGCUGCUGCCGGGGGGCUUCAUGGAGCUCUGGCAGCCGCCAUGACGAGUCACAGAGCCAAUGAGGAGGCCUGGUUAUCCCGGCAGCGAGUGCAGGGGCAGGAGAGGGGGGGUCCGCUGGAGCUGGGCCUCAGAUCACCAGGGAAAGGGUUGGAUUCAAGGAGAGACAUCCACAGAACCAGCUCAGUCCAUCACAAUCCAGGCAACAAAGAUGUACCCUCCUGCCUCGGGGCUCCACCUCCUCUUAUCUCCCCUAAAGGGCACCAUCAUCCUCCCGUCCCUCAGACUGCACUGUGGAACCCAGCGUCCCUUGUCGACACACCUGCAGAGUCCCGCAGGAAACUCAACCCGCCUACACCGCCGAGUCGCCCGCCUCCGGGACUGACGAGAGCAGACAGACCCCCGAUAAGCUGGGGGGACAAGCUGGAAGAUGGAGGCAGGAAGAGGGCAGAAGGCCCAGAGCGGUACCCGUCACUGAGGGGGGCUGGUUUACAGGAGUCCUGGAACAGGGCUGAGCAGGAGAGAGCCAUCCAGAGUCUCUACCACCGGCACCACAUCAAUAACCUACACCAGAGAUCCUGCACACCGCAGUCUGUUCCCAGCACCGACCCAGGGGGACGGUGCCAAGAAGCCUCUCUGUCUCCGGUGAGGGAGAGACAGAGUCAGCAGGCGCCCGACAGCAUGCUGGUGUACGACGAGGCUCUGCAGCAGCACCGCCGGCUGCUCAGCAAGCUCGACCUGGAGGAGAGGAGGCGGAGGGAGGCCAGAGAGGGAGGUUAUUACUACGACCAGGAGGAGUCGUACGAUGAGAGCGACGAGGAGGAGCUGAAAGCCCAUUUGAGGAGGGUGACAGAGCAGCCCCCACUCAAACUGGACACAUCCUCCGAGAAAGUGGAGUUCCUGGGCAUGUGUGGUCUGACCACGGUGACCCAUCGCGAUGAGCUCCUGGUGAAGAAGAGGAGGAAGCGGAGGAGGAUGAUGAGAGAGCGCAGUGUCUCUCCGCCAGCCGGGCAGGGCAAGAGAAAGUCUGCUUCACCUUCAACACCCCCAACUCCCUUAACUACCCCGUUCUCUGCUGAGCAGAUGGACAGCACCCCCGAACUGGAGGAGAAAAAAGACUUCCUCCUUAUGUUUAACCUCUCCCAUGUCAGCCCGCAGCAGAGGAGAGAUAAGGAGAGGGCAGAGGAGCUUCUGAGGGCCAUUCAGAGGAAAACUGUGACGUUGGACACCCUCAGAUAUAAUCCUUUACCUCCAUGUAGCAGUCCUCCUGCUCCCUCAACUGGUGACUCCUCCUCAGCCCCUGGGCAGUGUCAAUCAAACGGACAUGUGUACCCAGACUCUCCCAGCCCGUCCCCUCCUUACUUACAUAAAUCGAAGAACCACCUCAAAAACACAUUCAAGCACUCCAUGGACUCCCAGGUGGCCCGCGUCCCUCCGCCUCUGGCCUCCCAUCAUGAAAAGGUUGAAUUAACAGAGGCUCCACCGAACAGGAAGCUGCAGAGCCUCCAAAACGGCGUUGUUGCUUCCCCCCAGAAAAAGGAAUCCCGUCCGGUGCACAAUGGGAGUAACCGGCCCUGGGAGAGAUUCUCACCUGAGGCCUUUGCUCAGCACUUUCACCAGGCUGUGCUGCAGUCCACACACAACACACUGCAGAACAAAGGAGUCUCUCACCGUGUCCCUGAAGCUGGCAUGAAGGUGGAGCCCUCGCUGCCUCGCACCAUCUCUCACCUGAAACACAACCACGCCCCUCAGCACACGCACAUCAACGGCCAUCACUUACACUCUCCUGUAGCCAAUCAGGACACUGGGGCGCCGGAAAACCUGUCCGAUGAGGACGAGGAAGAGUCCGAGAAGGAGGAGGAGGAAGAUGGCGACGAGGAGGAAGCGGCAGAGGAAGCUCCGAGGAAGUGGCGUGGCAUUGAAGCUAUUUUUGAGGCGUACCACGAGUAUACGAAUGAAUGGAGCAUAGAGAGGGAGGUUCUUCACACGCAGUGUAAAAAACUUGAAGCACAAAACUAUAAUCUGACCAGAACUGCGGAGCAACUCUCUCUCUCCAUGGGGGAGCUGGUGAGUCAGAGGCAGACAGUGAGAGAGGAGCGAGAGAGACUGCAGGCGCAGCUGGAGCACUUCAGGAGGUGUCUGACACUACCCAGCAUUCACUGGGGCAGGGGCCAAGUCAACGGGCACACGCCGAGGUGACCUCUGACACGGACGCUCCCACGGAACCGUCUCUGACAGCGGAGGAACAGUGACAGGAACAAGAUGGACUGGAGCCAGACCUCUGUGGGCGCUCAAAGGAGCCGAUCCAUGUCUUGUUACCUCCCUGGCCAAUCAGUUACGUUAUCUGACUGGCCCCAGAUCAAUUGAUUACCUGCCGUGUUUGCCACGGUAGCAGCAAUCCAUCGUGACCACAUAGUCUGGGCAACACCCCCCCCCCCCCCCUCUCUCUCUCUGUGUCUCGUUGGACUGUAACAACACUGUGUAGGUCAAACAGCGUCUUCAUAACCACUCCCAUCAUUCCCUGAUUUGGCUUUAAGGACGUUCCGCCAUUAAACUCAUGUCAUAUCAACUUUCUGUAUAAACUGCUUCGAUCCACACUAACGGGAUCUAGCACUCGGCACAAAUCUGGAGCAGAGGGCGGAGACUGUGCAGGGGUCACUUGGUUGGAACUCAGAGAGGGAAAGUUGAGGAAUCAAAGCACACCUCAGGCCUUAAACUUGACAGGAUGCACUUGAAAUGAAAUGAGAGGAGAUACUUGAGAGUCCUCUGUGUGGUGUGAUGUUGUAGUGUCGACAGAGUACAGUACUGUGUCUGACAGAAGAGGCGGUGUUUGUGCUUUCACAGAGGAUAGGAGACGUCUAAAAGAUAAUAUCUAUUUAAUGGAAAAUGGUAACGGUGAAGUUUUUUUCUUACGUUUUCUGUUGUUAACGUUAAUUGUGAUAGACAGAGAAUUUUGUAUGUUUUAUUGUAUUAACCAUUUCUUGUGAGAAGCCAUAUGUCGCGUUUGAACUGCUGCUGGUCAGAAUCAAAAUGUUUAGAAAAUGAAGGACGUUAUUUGAAAAAAAAAGUGUCAUGUGAUGUCACAGUGUUUGAAGAUGGACAAACACGACACGGGGGACGGAAGAUGAAGCAGCAAAUGUCUGUCUUUACCUCAGAACGUCAUCAAGCUGUGACCAUCGCUCAGAUGGUUCAACCCAGACUCUGUGUCUUAUAACCCUUCACAUGCCUAUAACACGUUGACAACACUUGAAGAAUUAAAAGUUCUGAUUUGAUUUUUAUUUAUUUGAAGGAAUUUUGUGGAAAAUGUCCACAUGUUGUUAGAGAGCUGGCGUCACCUGAGUGACCCUACAACACAUUCAGACAGUUCUGUUCAACCUUACAAAUGUUUUCACGUGAAGAGGAUUUCCGACGUCAGGAUAUUGCAAAGUUUAAACCAGAAUGUCACUCAGUAGAGCUCACGCCUCCGCCAAGGUCCAACAGUCCACUUUAAUCCAUUGAGGCUGCACCAAACUGCACCUACUCAUAGAAAUCAGUAUGUCUGAUUCAUUUUCAUCAAGAUCCAUGAAUUGUUCUUCGUAAAAAAAUAAUCCUGUACCCGCCCCUGAUCCGGAUCUUCAUCAAAAUUUAACCAGUUCUUUCUUGACCAAUACCACACAAAAUGUUGUGGUAAUCUAUCCAGUCGUUUCGUGUUAAAUUGCUUACAACGCAACCUCUAUGGCGGACAAAAUUAAGGAAAUGGGAAAAGCCAAAUUAUUACAACUGUCUCUUUUUCAUGAUACUCCUUUCAAGAGUAAUUUAAAUUAUGUAAUUGUAAAUGGGUGACAUAAAAUUAACUACAAACUACGCCCUCGCUUGGUCUCUGAAUGAGGUUUGUUUUUGCUGAAGCCAGGUUAAACAAUGUCACUUAUAAUUUCUCCCUCUCGUCUGAAUAUUGGAAAUGGUGAGAGCCUUCUCCUUUCCCCCAAAUCACCUGACCUCCAUCAUCUGUGCACUGCCCUCCACAAACCUGCUGUGAUAUCCUGAAUAUUUCUUUAUCAAUCAGAUGUUCUGUUAUGUAUUAUUUGGGCUGUACAAUUGCAAUGGAUUAUUUAUUAACAUAUAUAUUGCUGUACAUUCUGAUGGAAAUUUACAUUAAAAUAUUUGUAAAAUGC